CUUCUGUUUGCCUAUUAUUUACAUUUACUAUUAGCCCAAGCAAGAACAAUGUCGUUUACUUUUGCCCAACAGCUAAGCCUUCGCGCAUCCCAGACCGCCGCUGACUACAUCGCCGCCUGCACGACCAGCCCAACCCCGAACCGCGUUGUCAUCGGCGGCGCUAUUGCCGAUCCCACACGCCCCUGCGUCCUCAUAGUUCAGCGCGCCUCCAAUGAGCGCACCUUUCCCAACGAGUGGGAAAUCCCCGGCGGCCAUGUCGACCCUGGAGAGACCAUUCUCGAGGCUGUCUCUCGCGAGAUCGCUGAGGAAACCGGGCUCGACAUCACCCACGUUGUCUGCGAAUUCGAGGGAUUCCAGUACUCGUCAAUUAAAAACGGCGACGAUAAUGGCGAGGGCAGCCGGGUGGUGGUGACCGACCAGUUAAACUUUUGCGUGCGUGUCAAGGACACUGCGUGCGUCAGGCUGUGUCCUGAGGAGCACCAAAAGUACGCGUGGUGUGAUGAGGACAAUAUUGAUCAGUUCAAGAUGACCCCGCCCAUGAGAAAAGUCGUUGCUGACUCCUUGGCUGCGCUAGCUGCAUGUGCUGCCGAGUGAAAUGCACG